GGGAAAGGGCUUGUCCAAGAUGGACGGGACAGAAAGCAGUGCCGGGCAGCCCGGCCCCUCUGAGCGGUCCCAUCGAAGCAGCGUGUCCUCCAUGGGAGCCCGAGCCGCCGACGUGCUGGUGUAUCUCGCGGAUGACUCGGUGGUGCCCCUGGCUGUGGAGAACCUGCCGUCCUUCAGUGCCCACGAGCUGCACCGUGCCAUCCGUGAGGUCCUGCAGCUGCCGGACAUCGCCCUGGAUGCCUUCGCGCUCUGGCUCGUCUCCCCUCUGCUGGAGGUACAGCUGAAGCCCAAGCACCAGCCUUACAAGCUGGGCCGCCAGUGGCCGGAGCUGUUGCUGCGCUUCACUGACGCCCCGGACGAUGACGUGGCCACAGAUGAGCCCUCCCUGCAGUUCCGAAGGAACGUGUUUUUCCCAAAGCGGCGGGAGCUCCAGAUCCGUGACGAAGAGGUCCUGCGGCUGCUCUAUGAGGAGGCCAAGGGCAAUGUGCUGGCCGCACGGUACCCGUGUGACGUGGAGGACUGUGAGGCCCUGGGCGCCCUGGUGUGCCGUGUGCAGCUCGGGCCCUACCGGCCUGGCCAGCCCACUGCCUGCACCCUGAGGGAGAAGCUGGGCUCCUUCCUCCCCGCCCACCUGUGUAAGCGGGGCCACGGGCUCUUCGCUGCCCUCCGGGGCCGGGGGACCAAGGCUGGGACGGGCGAGCAGGGCCUGCUCGACGCCUACCGCAAAGUGAAGGAAGUGGUCGGCAGCGACAGCGAGUGCGAGGCCCCUCUGGGGACCCACUACCAUGCCUACCUCCUCAAGUGCCACGAGCUGCCCUUCUAUGGGAGUGCCUUCUUCCAUGGCGAGGUCGACAAGCCGGCCCAGGGCUUUUUGCCCCGGGGUGGACGAAAGCCAGUGACUGUGGCCAUCAGUCUGGAGGGCGUGCAUGUCAUGGACAGCAGGGAGAAGCACGUCCUGCUGGGCCUGCGCUUCCAGGAGCUGUCGUGGGACCACACGUCCCCUGAGGAGGAGGAGUCUGUCCUGUGGCUGGAGUUUGAUGGAAACAAUGAGGGCACACCGGUCAACAAGCUCCUCAAGAUCUACUCCAAGCAGGCUGAACUGAUGAGCAGCCUCAUCGAGUACUGCAUUGAGCUAAACCAGGCCGUGGAGCCCGCCGCCCCCACAGAGAGCGCGUCUGGCUCCCCCUCGAUCCCCGGCUCCCCGCCACCUCCCACUCAGCGCCCCCAGCUGCGGAGGCAGGGCAGCGUGGUGUGCAGCCGGAUCCAGCACCUCUCCACCAUCGACUACGUGGAGGAGGGUGAGCAGAUCAAGCGGGUGAAGCCGAAGCGCACCACGUCCUUCUUCAGCCGGCAGCUGUCCAUGGGCCAAGGGAGCUACACUGUGGUGCAGCCCGCCGAGAGCCCGGAGCAGAGCUGAGGGUGGCAGUGCGGGCAGGGGGAGGGCGUGGGGAGGCCCCGGACCUGGCCCAGCGCUGUCCUCCCUAAGGCACAGCCGGGCUGUCGCCCUUGAGUUGGGGAGGAAGGCUUCCUUUGGGCGUGGAGAAGUGACCUGUGCGCCUGGGCAGCGCCUGGGCUGUGCAGAGCUGGCUGGGGCUCCCGCAGCGUCGCUCUCGCAGCCUGCCUGCCCUUGCUCUGGACGCUGGGCCCCACUGCCGUCUCAGGACCAGCCGAUCAGGCCUGGCUGUGCCCUCUCAAGAUGGACCGUGUCCGCUGCUCUGAAGCCCCCAGUGGCAGGUCCAGUGGCAGGAGGCUGAGGAAUGGGGCUCGGGACCUGCAGGUCACGUGUGUGUCUUUGGUCUUUUUCCUGGACUUUGGUGCCCACAUCCCCACAUUCCUUCUGCCAGCAUUCCGCCACUGCAAGGCUGGGCCGUCACUGUCGAGCAGGAAGGGGGCCUCCCUGGGUUGAGCCUCAACAGGAACAGAAGGCGAGACGCCCCCCACCGUACCUUCCCUGGCUGGAUGGAGCUGGGCAGGGCCCCGCUCAGGGGCAGGAGACAUUGACCAGCAGAAAAGUGCCUUUUUGCUAGCUUUUGGUGAUGUCACUGUGCUGGGAGGUGGCUGUCUUGGGGACCAACAAGCCUACCAGAUCCACACUCCAGACUCGGAGAAGCUCCCAAACCCCCUUGGGCUCCAGGUUUGAGUUUUGGCCUUUUUCUCUGCUCUGGUUCCAUGAAGCCUGUGAACUCUGGGGCAGCUCAGAACCCCACAACCUUAGAGCUACUGGCUACCCCUCAGGUGUGCUUUCCAUCUGGCCUGGCCCUGGGGGCCAGCACAGCCUGCCUCCCGGAAGUCCCAUAACACCAUCCUGUCUCAGGUCAGAUUACGGAGGGCGGGUGGGCGCUGGGCAUAGCCGGCCCAGGAGGAAGCCCUUCCCAGCCCUGUCUCCUCUGGCGGGGCUGUAGUUCUCAGAGCUUCCUGGGACUUUCCACAGGAAAGAGGCGGGCUCUGCUCAGCACAGGGCUUGCUUUGUCUCCCCUUCCUGGUGGGGACUGGGAGAGGAAAUGUGAACCUCUAGUCUCCAGGUGCUAGAGCCUGCUCACCUGUUUGUUCCCUUUGUUGAUGUUCAAGCGCUCCAGAUGUUUUAGCUGGGCUUGCCUCUGGCAGCAGAGACUUUUGUUAUUUGCCGUAAUAAAUGGGUGUCCCCAGCCGUUUGGAAUGUCCCAGCAGAGGACAUUUUAUCUCCCUCCCUGGAGUUGAUGUCACUGGCCGCCCAGCCUGUCUGGCUCCCGGCUCUCUGGUUCUCUCGUCCCACUCACUGUUUGGAUGCCAGGUGGAUUCUUAUCUGAUGGGCCGAUGGGGUUGUGGUGGGUGGUGGAUAUACACAAAUUACUUGUUUUUACUCUUCAGUCUUUCUCCUCUGUUUUCUAAGCAUCCAUUGUGCCUUAACCUUUUCCGCCUGCCCUUUGGGACAAAGCAGCAUUUUACUAAAUGUCCUUUGAAUAUUCUUUCUUUUGUACCAUGUGACUGAUUAGUAAUAAAAUCAGUUUCCAGCA